AUGCAGCAUUCAAUCUUAUACUCUGUAGUAGCUUUUAUGCUACUUGUGACUGAGUUGCAAAGCUAUGCUGGAGCUCAGGGCAUUGGGGCAAAUUAUGGUAGGCAAGGUGACAACCUUCCAACUCCGGACAAAGUAAUCCAGCUAUGUAAAUCCAGGAACAUUCAAAGAAUUCGUAUUUUCGAUCCACAACAAGAUGUUCUGCAGGCACUGCAAGGGUCAGGAAUACAAGUCAUCAUAGGUACACUGAACAUAGAUGUCCCAACCCUAGCCAAUGAUCCAGCAUUUGCUCCCACUUGGCUCCAAACCAACAUCAUUCCAUUCGCUUCAUCUGUCAAUUUUCGCUGCAUAUCCGUUGGAAACGAAAUGGUUCCAAGCCAAAAUGCUAGCAGCAUACUCCCUGCCAUGCAAAAUCUGAGAACUGCACUAAUUGCAGCCAACCUCAAUAUCCCCAUAUCAACAGCAGUGUUCCAAAAUGUACUGGCAUCACCAUUUCCACCAUCUGCAGGAACAUGGUAUCCUAUGCAGCCUCAAUUAUGGUUCCUCUGGUACAAUAUAUGCAAGCCAAUGGCUACCCCCUUCUUUACAAUGCCUAUCCAUAUUUCGCCUACCACGACAACCCGAAUGACAUUAGGCUAG